AUGUUCUCAGUAGAUCAGAGGAUGGAGUGUUGUGACUCUGUCUCCAACAAUGGAGCCUCUGGCCCCCAUACACAACAGCCCCCUGGGCACUGCAGACCACUGGCCCCCAGUCCACUCAUACUGGCCAAAGAGCAAGAUAUUCAUCUGAGCACAGUAACUCUGUCCAAACAGGGUGGACAAGUGGGACGAACUGAGGAGGAGGAACUAGCAGAAAGGUGUGAAGACAGAAUUAGGGAAAAACAGGUUAAUGAAUGUUCUAACAGAGAGCUGUUCAAAGAUGAAGGUGAGAGAAAGGUGGAAGAGGAUGAAGGUGAAGGUGAAGGUGAAGGUGAGGAGCACCCUAUUGGAGAGAUCUUGUACCAGCGUGAUGGCUCUGCAUACAUUACGGAGAGAGAGAGUCAGCUUACGCGAGGUGUGCCCUCCUCCUCAUUAGGUGCCCCGUCUUCUGUCAUAAGUACCUGUUACAUUUCCUCUUCUCAAAGUCUGGCACCACAGGUUUUUCAUGUCUUCCACUUGCAUCACCUUGACAACAGUGAUAGUCUAGCUCUGGUGACCCGCCAAUCCAAAGAUAGUGCUCCUGACAUGGCAGGGAUUUCAGAGGCAUGGGUGAAACGGUGUGGUCUAACCAAACCCAUCCUGAUGUGCUUUCUGUGUCGGCUGUCGUUCGGUCGAUCACACACGUUUAGGGCUCAUGCUUCACGGCAACACAACAUCACCUUCAGCGAUGAAGAACAGCAUCUGCUCUCGUUUAAACACACCUCUGCCAUAUUGCAGCCUGCAGGCCCAGGAGGCCUCCCGCUCCUCUGUUUCCUAGAACCAAAAAAUAAUUUUGAGUCUGUGGUACCACUUAACCCAGCACCACCAACCUCUGGGAACAGCACGAAGGACACCACUAGACGGAAAGACAACAAAGAGGCUUGGACAUCUAAGCCAGAUCUCCCUCUCCUGCCCUCUACACCCAGAAUCUCCCCUGCUACCUCAGAACCAAGCCCUGCCAAAGACCCCUCAACCCUGGGCAGAGAGGGCACACAGAAAGGCAAGGAGGAUGAGAGAUGGAAAGAUGGAGCAGAGAGGAGAAUGUGUUUAGAGGAAGGUAGCACUGUGGACAACAGUGCACACAGUAUUAGCAGCAGUAGCAGACAAGAGCACAGUACUGAAGCUGCUCUGUCAAACCAAAGCAUUUCCAAAUCUCCAAACUCUGCAACAAUAGCAACCAGCUUUACUAACAACACCAAAACCCUUACAGACUCUGAGUCAGAGUGUGGAACAAGCUUUAACUGCCACGAGGACCCUGCACCUGCUUCCCUUGUUGUGGUAAACCCGCCCACUGUCACUUCUACAGAACAACUUGACAACCAAGAGAGUGCCACAGCAGCAGAACCAAAUGACCAGUUAGAGAAUGGUAGCGCCAUAGCAAUGGAACCAACCGACAGGUUGUUUGAUGAUGACAGUCUUGCUGUCACUCAUUCCAACCUGCCCAAUAAUAAUAGCCAUUCCACAUCCCAUAGACUCAGUCCCACCCUUGCCCAGACCAGUCAGUCUGUUCUCGAAGAAGGACAUUCGGACACGGCCUCUAAAGGGAGGUUGGUAGUGGCUGCUGACGGAGGUUUUUUUGCUGUUGCAGAUGAUGUCCAAGGGUCAUCUUACACUUAUGGUAUUCAGGCCUCUAUGGCUCAUACUAGAAACUCCUGCAAGACGUUAAAGUGUCCAAAAUGCAACUGGCACUACAAAUACCAGCAAACUCUGGAGGCCCAUAUGAAGGAGAAGCACCCAGAGUCAGAGUCAGAACAAUGCCCAUACUGCAGCAGCAGGCAGAGCCACCCACGCCUAGCAAGAGGCGAGACAUAUUCCUGUGGAUACAAGCCUUUCCGCUGCCAGGUGUGCCAGUAUUCCACCACCACCAAGGGCAACCUAAGCAUCCACAUGCAGUCAGAUAAGCACCUCAUCAACAUGCAGAGCCUUCAGACACAGUCAAAGGCACACACCCCAGCAGCCCUGCCCAGUCCUUUAUCCCAUUCACAUCCAACUAUUACACACCCCACCCAGGCCAACUCCCCCUCUCCAUCCAAGCUCCGAGGACGUGCAUCGUGGCGGUGCGAAGUUUGCGACUAUGAAACCAAUGUGGCACGAAACCUCCGCAUUCACAUGACCAGUGAGAAGCACACGCACAAUGUGCUUCUGUUGCAACAGAACCUGGCCCACAUGCAACGCCAGCGCAAGCACAAAGCCGCCGAGAUUUACCGCCACUGCCAACCCCAGACCAACCUGUCUGACUCCAAUGCUCUUCUUCCAAGCAAUGAGUUUGUGCACGACUCUUCGCAGAAACUGUUUGAAUGCAUUCUGUGCAGCCGCUUUUCCUGUGACACUCUAGAGCAGCUCAGUCAGCACCUGACCAUGCAGCGCUCAUUGCCCAAUGCAUAUUGGAGGAGCACAACCGGCGACACCCAUCAUUGCCAGCUUUGCCAUUAUGCAACGCCUCUCCGAGCCAACUUCCAGCUGCACUGCCAGACAGACAAACAUGUACAGCGUUACCAGCUAGCUGCUCACCUUCGAGAGGCCAGUAGUUACCAUGGAAACAUCAAGGAAGAGGAAGAAGAGUGGCGUCUCAGGUGUGUCACUGCAGGAAACCAGUUGCAGCUCAGGUGCAAUGCAUGUGACUACGAGGCCAACAGUAUCGAGAAACUGAAACUACACACCAUGAACUCCAGGCACGAGACAAGCCUAAGACUAUACAAGUAUUUGCAGCAGAUGGAAGGGGUGGAAUCUGAAGGUGUGUGGCUGCACUGCGUGCUGUGUGAUUUCUCCACUCAGAACAGACUUUCUUUGGUGCAACACUCUCAUUCAUUGGGCCAUCAGAGAGGGGAGGGGCUGCUCAGAAUACAGCAAAUACAGAAGGGCCUGCAGGAUGACGAGGAGCUCAGUGCCAUCUUCACAAUCCGAAAAAGCCCCACUCAAGAAAAUGGAGAUCAUAACGGGAUGGAGUCGCCCACAGAGAUUACGGCUAACCUGGAAGACAGAAAUAAACACGGAGAUAGAGCGGGAAAGAAAAAAGAAGCCAUUAUUCAGACGGAGGUGGAGCAAAACGAGUCAUCUUCCAGUCCCAAGCGUCCCUCGUCUGGAUCUAGUGACUCAGAUGAUCCCUCUCCCUGCAAACGGCCACGAGGACAGGAAGAGAUGCAGUGUCCAUUCUGUCUGUUCCGUCAUUCUGACAUUGAGAGUUUAAGGACUCAUGUGAUGAAUCAGCACGCAGUUCAGCCAGCUCUCCACUGCCCGCUGUGCCAGGACAUACUACACAGUAUUGCCCUCUUGCGUACCCACCUCACAAAUCUGCACAGUGUUACUGCAGACUGCACUCAGAAACUCAUCAACACGGUGAUUGCUUCUGAUGUGCUGCCAGAGAAGAUGUUUUUACCAGUGCAAAAUUCAGAUACCCAACAGACAAUGGCUGGUCUAAAUGCUAAUGAAACAAAGAGACUGGAUGAAAUCUCAACAGAUGCUGAACCUGAGAGAGGUUCCACACCUCAGGAUACAGCAAAAAUACAUAAGCAGCCGUCAGAAGAUGCAGAAUCAACCAAGGAGAACAGUGCUGCGUUUCCUUGCUGGCAGAAAAGCUGUAACAAAGUCUUUACAUCCUCAAGUGCACUCCAGACACACUUCAACCAGCUCCAUAGCCAGAAAUCUCAAAUGCCAAUAUCUGACCGACACAUUUACAAGUACCGGUGCAAUCAGUGCAGCCUAGCUUUCAAAACCCCUGAAAAGUUGCAAAUGCAUUCUCAGUACCACGCCAUCAGAGCAGCGACCAUGUGCUGCCUCUGCCAACGCAGUUUUCGUACAAUGCAGGCCCUUCGGAAACACCUUGAGACAAGCCACCUGGAGCUAAGUGAAUCCCAGAUACAGCAGAUUUAUGGUGGUUUAAUGAUGAAUGGAGAGUCCGGGGUCUCUGUCGACCAAGGUUUUGAAGAUCAGGGAUCGCCAGAGGAAAAUGGCAUGAGAGAUGAUGAAGAAUGUGACUUGGAGGAGAAACUAAGUGUUUCUGACAAUGAUUCAGGUUUGGGUAAAGACAGCGUUGAAUGUGACCUCAAACAGCCUGUUUUGCCACUUAGAAAAGGCCCAAAUAUCACAGUGGAGAAAUUUAUGGAUCCAUCAAGGCCUUUCAAGUGUACUGUUUGUAAGGAGUCUUUCACCCAGAAUAAUAUUCUCUUGGUUCAUUAUAACUCUGUGUCACACUUGCACAAACUUAAACGGUCACUGCAAGACACAUCAAAUGGUUUUCUAGAGCCCAUCAACAGUACAGACCACAAACCAUUCAAAUGUAGCAUUUGCAAUGUAGCAUAUAGCCAGAGUUCCACCUUAGAGAUUCAUAUGCGUUCAGUCCUGCACCAGACCAAAGCUCGUGGAUCCAAACUUAAUUCAUCAAACUCCACCUCAGAGUCUAAUGGCCCUUUCCUAGAUAGAGCAGUGUCCAACACUCCUACAGAUCUGAAACCUAUGACUUCCAUGAACAACCUUAGCCUGAGCCACCAACAUAAAAUUGAGCCCAUUGGCACAUCUGCAAACCCAGACACUAGCCAUUCUUCAACAUCUGAAGUGAGGAAGAAGUUAGUAGAUAUUACUGAUUCAGCAACCAAACAACAACAGAUGUUACUACAACAACAACCACUUCAGCAACAACAGCAGUUAGUCCAGGCUCAAGCCCAUCUUCAGCAAGAGCUCCAGAAAAAUGCUACUAUUCUUCAGUCCCACUUAUUCAAUCCUGCCCUUCUACACCCCUUUCCCAUGACAACAGAGGCUCUUCUUCCAGUGCAGCAACAACAGCAAUUGCUUCUUCCUUUUCUCAUUCCAGGAGGAGAUUUCUGUAUGAAUCCAGAGUUGAGCCUUAAAGGCUCUGGGGUAAACUUAAGCACACUAAAGCCUACGACAAAUGAUACCACUGAGUCUUCAAAAAAGGAUGUCCAGACAUGCUUUCCUAAUGACAAACAAAAUGUAGACCAAACCAAUACUGAUCAUCAGACUCCCUCCGAGGACCUUGCAGAAAAUUAUACCAUUAAUGAACAGAAACUGGCAAGUAAUCCACAGUGUGAGAAGAGCACAGAUGGAAAUAAGAUAAAUGAAGAAUCCAAGGAAAUGGAUGAUAUGGUCACCAAUGAAAAAAUAGAUAAUCCCAAAUAUAGGGAACGAAAAGACCUAAACAAAGAGGUGUCAGUCAAUGGAGAACUCGUUGAGUUCUUUCCACCCAGAAUAGCCCAUGAUGCACCUGGGAAUGCUUCAAAGGCGUUGCUUGAAAACAUUGGAUUUGAGUUGGUCAUGCAAUUCAAUGAAAAUAAGCAGCGAUAUCAGAAAAAUCUUACAGAGAUGUUACCAAAUGAUGGGGAUGUGGCUGAAACCGAAGAGGCAGAUAAUUCUGAGGACUUGGAGAAGCUGGAGUGCGGGUCUUGCAGGAAGCUUUUUUCAAAUGCACUGAUACUAAAGAGCCAUAAAGAGCAGAUUCAUCAUUCUAUAUUUCCUAUCAAGUCAUUGGAGAAGUUUGCCAAUGAAUACAGGGAGCAAUAUGACAAACACUUCCCCUUGAAACUUGCAACUCCUGAGGCUUCUCCUCCUGUCUCCUCCCCAUCUCCUUCACUGCCUACACCUCUUCCCUCUCCUGUGCAGGAGCAACAACAACAAGUGCAACCUAUUAUUCCUACAUCUACACGCAGUGCCACUCCUGCUGCUGUCUCCAUUUCCCAAGUUAAAGCUUCAGUAACUCAAAUUCCCUUACCAAUGGAACUAACAUUCUUCCCCCCUCUGCUGAUGCCUUCCAUACCUUUGCAAGCUUUGACUCCUCAGGUACCUGUCCAUCUGCCCCCAGUGGAGGCUGGUCUACCACCUGAUUUGACUCAACUCUAUCAACAGCAGUUAACUCCAGCCAUGUUGGAACAACAAAGCAAAAGACCCCGAACCAGAAUCAUGGAUGACCAGCUGAGAAUCCUGCGACAGUAUUUUGAUAUCAACAACUCCCCAAAUGAGGAUCAAAUUCAUGAUAUGGCCAACAAAUCUGGCUUGCCGCACAAGGUCAUAAAGCACUGGUUUCGGAACACUCUAUUCAAAGAACGCCAGCGCAACAAGGAUUCUCCGUACAACUUCAGUAACCCUCCUAUCACAACACUGGAAGAUGUAAAGAUGGAUUCCAAACCACCCUCUCCUGAUCCACCAAGACAAGAGUGUUAUGGUGGGAAGAGAUCUUCAAGAACCCGGUUUACUGACUACCAGCUGAGAGUGCUCCAGGAUUUCUUUGAUGCUAAUGCAUACCCUAAAGAUGAUGAGUUUGAGCAACUCUCUAACCUCCUUAAUCUCUCCACCCGUGUGAUUGUGGUGUGGUUUCAAAAUGCCAGACAAAAAGCUCGGAAGAACUACGAGAACCAAGGAGAGGGAGUGAAGGAUGCUGAACGCAGAGACCUACCUAAUGACCGCUACUCUCGUACUGCCAACAACAAUUUCCAGUGUAAGAAAUGUAACGUGGUCAUUCAGUGCAUAUUUGAUCUCAUCAAUCAUCAGAAAAAGCAGUGUUACAAAGAUGAUGAUGAUUAUGGUGAUGAUGAUGAUGAUGAUGAUGAUGUUGAUGAUGAUGAUGAUGAAAUGAUGCAGAAUGAACUGAAUGAAACUGCAAUGGAUUUUAAGUCUGAGUGUCAUAUUCCAAUAUCUGGACCCUUAUGUUUUACACAAGCACCCUUCUGCUCAAGUCCUUCUAGUUCAUCUGUAUCCAGCACUAAUUUAAAGUCAGAUUCUGAGCAGUUACACACAAACAAUCUCACUGGAGAGUUUAAAUAUACUAAUGUAGAAUCUGCUGUCCUUGAACAAACUGUUAGUACCAACUCUGAGUUUGAAGAACUAGAGAACAAAAUGCAGCGGCCAAAGCCCCUUUGUGAGGAAAAACAAAAUGCAAGCACAGAGAUUCCCUCUCACUCAUCUCCUAAACAACAACAACUUUCCUGCACAUCCCAAACAAGCCCAGUUCCAUCACAUAGUUCCCCAAAAAUGUUUAGUCCUUCAGAGAUUUCUUCAUCUGAGCAGCAGAAGCUAGCCCAGGAGAUGAGCCCUUACCACUGCAUCCAGUGCAAAUUGAGCUUCCCUUCCUUUGAACAUUGGCAAGAGCACCAGCAAAUGCACUUAGUUACUCAAAGCUACUUCCCUACCCCACAGUUCCUGGACCGUCCUGUAGACAUUCCUCUUAUGCUGUUUGACCCUUCUAAUCCCCUACUGGCAAGGCAUUUGCUCUCAGGAACGAUCCCACAGAUAGCGGUGAAUCCUGAUUCAACAAUAAACUCUCUGAAAAGGAAACUUGAGGAGAAGGCAGGAUCUGGUUCUGUGGAAAAUGACUGGGAAAAUAAUGGGGAUGAACCCCAACGAGACAAGCGAAUGAGGACCACCAUAACACCAGAGCAGCUUGAGGUAUUAUACCAGAAAUAUCUUCUGGACUCCAAUCCAACACGCAAGAUGCUUGACCAUAUCUCCAACGAGGUGGGUCUUAAGAAAAGAGUGGUUCAGGUCUGGUUCCAGAACACCCGUGCUCGUGAGAGGAAAGGUCAGUUUCGGGCAUUGGGUCCAACUCAAAUGCAUCGCCGGUGCCCUUUCUGUCGAGCUCUUUUUAAGGCACAGACUGCUCUUGCUGCUCACAUACGUUCACGUCACUGGCAUGAAGCCAGAAAUUCAGGCUACAGUAUGGCAAUAUCUAGUAUGACUCAGGAUCAGGAGUGUUCUCAAAUCAAAGCUGAUUGCUUUGAUUUUGCCAAUUAUCCUCAGUUUUUUAAUUUAACCAAUGAUUUGUAUUCUCCAGAGAGUAAAAGCAUGGAUCUGUCCUCACAUCAGCAGCGUCUGAGCCCAAAGCCUAUGAAGGGCAAGGGUAUUGAAGAUUUUGAAAUACCUUCCAUGUCAGUCUUCCAUCAGACUUUUGAACAGAGAAAACUGAAUAAAUGUGAGGCCACCACAAACAUGACCCAUGAUGAAGGAAAUGACUCACUAGAUGGUACACAUGGCAAUAUGAACCACAUAUCUCUCAGCACCGAAAGAGAGGGAUCUUCAGAAAAUGAUGAGAAGAUGUCUGCUGGACUGAUUAGCCCAGCAAUGAGCUUCAAUGCUAAAGAUUUUGAUAAUGAUUUAGUCCUGGAUUACAGUGAAAAUUCUAGCCUGGCCGAUCCAGCUUCACCAUGCCCUGGCAGCUCCAACAGCCAAGGCUUUGACAAUGACAGAUACAGUCAAAAACGCUACCGGACUCAGAUGACCAACCUGCAAGUGAAAGUGCUCAAAGCCUGCUUUAGUGACUAUAAAACACCAACGAUGCUUGAGUGUGAAGCCUUGGGCAAUGACAUCGGACUUGCCAAGAGGGUGGUUCAGGUGUGGUUUCAGAAUUCUCGUGCCAAGGAGAGAAAGGCCAAGAUUAGCCUUGCAAAGCACUUUGGUAUAGAGAGUACCUCUAUUGAUAGACCCAAGACAGAGUGCACUCUGUGCUCAGUCAAAUACAUUGGCUGCUUUUCUAUUCGUGACCACGUCUUCUCUCAGCAACAUCUUGCUAAAGUUAAGGAGGCCCUGGGUGGCCAGAUGGAGAGGGACAAGGAACAUUUGGGCUCAGUAUCUGCUCGCCAGCUGAUGGCUCAGCAAGAGCUAGAUAAUCUGAAGAAGACAAGUGAUGUUCUAGGACUUAACCAAACUGCCAUUCAGUGUCUGAACCAAUCCUCAAUGUACUCAAGUCAGCAGACAAAUGCCUCUGCAAGCAUACAAGGUGGUAGCAGCACAAUGAUGGCAAGUUUUUCUUCCAUGAAAACAGUUUUGGAAGGUGCCAGUGACCCUCCUGCAAAACCACCUGUGAUGUCCUCUUCUGCCAUAUCAGCUAUGGAUGACAAAGAUGUAGUUAGCACAACCAACUCUGUUUUGACCUCUAAGAUCACACAACAAGAACAUCAACUCCAGUUUCCCAAAGAAAAUGACACAGAGAGUAACAAGAUUCCCAUGAACAUACAUGACAGUACUCCGUUGGAAAACUCUUCUUGUAAUGCUAAAGAGAAGCUUGACUCCUCCAGACUAGCAGUAUCUACUCCAAAUACUGGAAGGGAAUAUGCCAUAGAUCCAUUUCAGCUACAAGCUCUUCAUGGGGCAAUGAAAACAGACCCAGGUGCUUUGCUCUCUAGCUCCCUCAUGCCCUGUCUGAUGCCCGGCUUUCCUCCACUCUUCUCUCCCCAUAUCCCUACACCAAUGCCCAGUGGCCUCCUGCAGCCCAUGUUUGGUAUGGAUGGCAUUUUCCCAUAUGUUCCAGUCUUUCCACAGGCUCUAUUGGGACUCUCCCCGGGCUCACUCCUCCAGCAAUAUCAACAAAAUCUGCAGGGAGCACUGAUGCAACAAAGAAUGCAGCUGCAACAGAAACAACUAGUGCAGCUACCAGAGAAACCAAAACCCAGCCAAGACACCGUCCACACUAGAGGACCUGUCCUGGAUUUAUCCAAACAUGACAAGAAGCAAGGCACACCCAAUGGCACAGAUUCCCCCUUCAUAAAUUCUAAGCAGCCAGAACUGAAUGAUAACAUUCUUCAAAGCCACUGUAUUGUCUCCAAAGCAGUGGAUAGAGGGGAAGGCAAGGAUUGUCAUCUUAAUGACUGCCUCGCCUGUGAGGAGUCUCUUGCUGGGCAUGCAGAGCUCAUGAAGCACCUGAAGAACCCUCAGCAAAAACAAAGUAAGGCAGAGAGACUGAAUGCCAAAGAGCAUGCUUCUCCACGAUUACCUCACAUCAGUCCCUCAUCUACCUCUCAGCCAAAUCCACCCAGUGACCAGAGCUUCUCUUCAGCUGCCCAGUCUUCUUCUGAAACCUCUAUCCCUACACCAACCAAUUCUGACCAGAGUUCAUCAGAUAGACGAUGUUCCCAAAGCUCUUCCCAGACUUCAGCUUUAUCUGAGGCUUCCCAAAGCUCACCGGCUUCACAUCAUGUUCUUUCGCCUUCAAACGUUACCUCAAGCCUGACAAGCCUUGCAAAGGCUUGUCACGAAAAACCAACAGACUCUGUGGAUGCGUGUUGUGAUAGCGACAAGACUUGACAUAAUAUAUAGGAGCAAUUGUUUUUAUGGCUUGGCCAGCUUGAUUAGAGACUCCAUGGGGAAAAAAACAACUAGAGGAAUGUAAAAUAUAAACAUCUCCACUGUAGAUUACACUGGGGGAAAGACAUGACAGACGUUUUUAAAUGGGUCCUGUAGGAUCAAACUUGCAUUUCCAGUGCUUGUAACCAAAAACACAUGUCAGUAGAAUGUUUUUUUCCUUUUCAAUAUGCUGGUUUUUAACUAAAACUUGAGUAUAUGUGGGGGAAAUAAAGGGUGCACAUCUAAAGACUGGUGAAGAACCUAAGAUGCUUUCAUUAUGACCUAACUAACCAAAAGUCUGUUUUUAACAUAUACUUUUAAACAGACACUCACAAAACACCCACACUAUUUUUUGCCCUGUCAAGUGUUAAGAUAUUAUAUUAUUGGCUUAAUGAAGUGAUGUAAUGUACUUUGAUGUUGUCUUCUCUCAGGUCAACAGCUCUCGAUUUUGUUCUGUUACAAGACAUACCAAUAGAAAAUAUAUGAAGCCCAAAAGAAUUGCAUAAUGAAGGAAAUUGUCAAAUUCUGAUUUGUUUUCAAACUUCUGAAAUUGCAUUUAUUUUUUUUUAUGUGGACAUA